AGAGCGAGCCGCGGGCGCCGGCCGGCGGCCGCCGCGUCCGUCAGACCCAGCGGGCGAGGCUCCGCGCCGGUCGGCAGCGCGCGGCCGGCAUGGCGGCGCGGAAGAGCCCCGCGCAGGAGCGGGAGCGGCCUCGCGAGCACGCCUCAGGAAAUGACCAAGUUCACACCUGGACACUAGUCACCAGCCAAGCCUUAGAUACCGCGUGGAGAGUGGUGAAGGGGUCGGUGACCUUGGCAGUUUCGCUCUUGGCAGCCAUCCUCUGCUAUUUCAGAAGGCUGCAUCUGCAUUUAGGGCACCGGCUGAAAUGGUGGAUUGGAUAUCUGCAGAGAAGAUUCAAAAGGAACCUCAGCGUGGAGGCGGAAGUUGAUUUACUCAGUUAUUGUGCAAGAGAGUGGAAAGGAGAGACACCCCAUGCCAAGCUGAUGAGGAAGGCUUACGAGGAGCUCUUUUGGCGGCGGCAUAUUAAAUGUGUUCGACAAGUCAGGAGAGACAACUAUGAUGCCCUGAGGUCGGUGCUGUUUCAGAUCUUCAGCCGGGGCCUCGCUUUCCCAUCCUGGAUGAAAGAAAAAGAUAUCGUGAAGCUUCCUGAAAAACUGCUCUUUUCGCAAGGUUGUAAUUGGAUCCAGCAGUACAGUUUUGGUCCUGAGAAGUAUACGGGUUCCAAUGUGUUUGGAAAAUUACGCAAAUGUGUGGAAUUACUGAAAACACAGUGGACUGAAUUUAGUGGAAUUAAAGAUUAUCACAAGAGAGGAAGUAUGUGCAACAUCCUUUUUUCUGAUGCUCUCCUGGAAUGUAAACUUUACGAAGCCCUGAAGUUCAUCAUGCUCUAUCAAGUCACCGAGGUUUAUGAACAAAUGAAGACCAAAAAGGUCAUCCCCAGUCUUUUUCGACUCCUGUUUACCCGGGAAACCUCAUCUGACCCCUUGAGCUUCAUGAUGAAUCACCUGAACUCUGUCGGCGACACGUGUGGACUGGAGCAGAUUGAUAUGUUUAUACUCGGAUACUCCCUGGAAGUAAAGAUAAAAGUGUUCAGACUGUUCAAGUUUAACUCCAGAGACUUUGAAGUCUGCUACCCAGAGGAGUCGCUCAGGGAGUGGCCGGAGAUCUCCCUGCUGACCGAGAACGACCGCCACUACCACAUUCCUGUCUUUUAAGUCAGGCUGGACUGGGCACCAGCUCUCGCCAGUGACAGAAGUCACCCUUGCAAGUAAUGUUUCUAGAAAACCAAAGCUGGCAUUGCUGCCCGGGAAGGAGUCGGGACCUCCCUGUCCAGGAGCACAAGUACCCUGGACAGGGGACCCCCACGGUGCCUUUCCUCUGUUCUCACUGGUUUCCUCCAGCGCAGCUGCACCAACGGGUUUGUGGGCUGGUGGUUUGACCUUGUUGGUGAAGACUCUGGUCACUUCACACACAAUAGGGCACAAGGACAUUUAGUUUGAACAAGAACAACAACAGGAAAAAAGAGAAGAAAAGGACUACGGGAAAAGGACUAAAGGGAAAGAAUUUCUUUGGCUGUAACCUUUAUGUUCUUCCUAGGAAUCUUGUCUUUGACUGAUUUGGGAUCUUCAUAAACAUUGCCUUAUUUUAUAAGCAUUACCUUCCCAGGAAUCUCUGUGGUAUAGUGAUUUUCCAGAACCCUUUGAUUAACUUUAAAAUUGUGUGUGUGUGUUUAUACUCACAUGCACAUAUACAUGUAUAGUUUUAUAUAUACAUAUCUAAACACGUACAUACACAUAGCCACUACUUUGUAAUGUUGUACAAUUUGUUUUAUAUCUCUUUACUUUUUUUGUUUUAAACUGUUGCAUCUGGCCAGUUUAAUAUGUUUUAUAUAGACCAAAAAGAGACAUUCUACAGAUUAAGGCAACUGAAUGACAAUUAUGGAACUGUCACAAAAAUAUUAAACUGGUAUAUUUUAUGUGUAUUUACAUGUAUAUUUAAUUUGUGUAGGUAAAAAUAAUGCUUGCCUUCCCCCUACUCCCCUCCGCCCCCCCCGCCCCACCCCAUAUCUGUAUUCUAAUCCCGGGAACCUGUGAAUAGGUUGGGUUAAAUGACAAAGGAGAAUAAGAUUGCAGGUGGAACUAAGGUACUAAUCCACUAACUUUGAAAUAGAGAGAGUGGUGCGGGUUCUCCAGGUGGGCCCAGCAUAAUCACAAGGGUCCUUAAAGUAGAAGAGGGGACUUGGGAGAGUAUCAGUCAGGGGGAGAUAGGAGGAAGCGACGAACGGUGAGACAGAGACGGACGCAAGGCAGCGGUUUUGUUCACUGAAGCAGCUACAAGGAGGACGUUACUGCAGUUACAUGAAGGAGCCACAGGCCAAAGACUGUGGGCGGCCUCUGGAAGCUAGAAAAGGCCAGAGAACACGUUCUCCCCUAGAGCCUCAGGCAGCAACGAGGCCCUGCCAACACUUUGAUUUUAGGCCCGUGGAACCCGUGUCAGGCCUCUAACCUAGAGACCUGCGAGAUGAUAAACGUGUUGUUAAGUUGCUAAGUUUGUGGUUCGUGUUACAGCCACGGUAGACAGCUAAUAUACUCAGGCUCGCUAACUUCUGGUCGUCUCUAUUUUGGAAAUAUUUUUCCAGUUUAUUUUGGCAGUCUUUAUUUUGGAGGUACUUUGCUAGUCCCAUUUUGUAUUUUGGCAAAUACAAAGUAACUUUUAAAAUCCUGGCUACUGGGAUACUAUUUCAAAGUUACAAACCCCUUCUAAGAAUGACUUACUUAUUAACAUGUUUGAUGCUAAUGUUUUCUCAUGUUUCCAUAUGUUUACUGUAAAUAAAAAGGAGGUAUGUUAAA